GGAUGGCGCAGGCGCUGGGCCCCGACACGCCGUUCACGGCCAUCGCCGGCAGCGAGAUUUUCUCCCUGGAGAUGUCGCGCACGGAGGCGCUGACCCAGGCCUUCCGCCGCUCCAUCGGCGUCCGCAUCAAGGAAGAGACUGAGAUCAUCGAGGGGGAGGUGGUGGAGAUCCAGAUCGACCGCCCGGCCACCGGCACGGGGACCAAAGUGGGGAAGCUGACGCUGAAAACGACGGAGAUGGAAACCAUUUACGAUUUGGGGGCGAAGAUGAUCGAGGCUCUGAGCAAGGAGAAGGUUCAGGCAGGGGACGUCAUCACCAUCGACAAGGCCACGGGGAAGAUUUCAAAGCUGGGGCGCUCCUUCACCCGGGCGCGGGACUACGACGCCAUGGGAGCACAGACGAAAUUCGUGCAGUGCCCCGACGGGGAGCUGCAGAAGCGGCGCGAGGUCGUUCACACGGUGUCGCUGCACGAGAUCGACGUCAUCAACUCCCGCACCCAGGGCUUCCUCGCCCUGUUCUCAGGUGACACAGGUGAGAUCAAGCCGGAGGUGCGGGAGCAGAUCAACGCCAAAGUGGCCGAGUGGCGUGAGGAGGGCAAGGCCGAGGUCAUCCCUGGGGUAAGCCCUGACCCCCAAAACUCUCAUGGGAACCCCCAAAACCCCUCAGGGAACCCCAUAAUCCCCUGGGGACCCCCAAACCCUUCCUAGGACCCUCCAAACCCC